AUGAACUUCCUCUUUAAAAUUGUUCAGUUAAUCAAGCUGAACAUCGCCAACCCAGCUACUGGUUGUCAGAAAUUGAUUGAUUUUGACGAUGAACGUAAGCUGCGUGUAUUUUAUGAAAAACGUAUAAGCGCUGAAGUUCCAGGAGAUUCUCUUGGGGACGAAUUUAAAGGAUAUGUAUUUCGUAUAUCUGGUGGAAAUGAUAAGCAGGGCUUUCCUAUGAAGCAAGGUGUAUUACGUAAUGAUCGUGUAAGACUUUUAUUAUCUGAAGGUCAUUCUUGUUAUAGACCUCGUCGCACCGGUGAACGUAAAAGAAAAUCAGUUCGAGGUUGUAUUGUUGGAAAUGAUCUGGCAGUAUUAUCGGUGGUUAUAGUCAAACAAGGAGAAGUUGAUAUUCCUGGAUUAACUGACAAUACCGUUCCGAAACGUUUGGGUCCAAAGAGAGCUUCAAGAAUUCGCAAGUUUUUUAACUUAUCAAAGGAAGAUGAUGUUCGUAAAUUUGUAAUCCGUCGUGAAGUUACCCCAAAAAAUCCGGAUAAAAAGACUUAUACAAAGGCUCCUAAAAUUCAGCGCCUGGUAACUCCUCUUACUCUACAGCGUAAACGUCAUCGUCUUUCUCUUAAACGCAGAAGAGCUAAAGCUGCAAAAAAGGCUGCUGAGGAAUAUUCUGUUUUACUUGCUAAGCGAGUAAAGGAAGAAAAAGAGAGAAAAGCUGAUAUUAAGAAAAGAAGAUCUGCUGUUCAAAAAGCUUAA